UAAAGUUGUUCAAACUAUUUUGGAAGUUUCUUUUCUCGCUUUGAAAUCUUUUUUGACAUCUUCAUGUAAUAUUACGGAGAGAACCAGAUUUGCGGACAGUAAAGUGUACAGUCAACUCAAAAGCCUCCAACCUAAUUGCUAUUCACAUGUCAACAAAAAUGGAGCAACCGUUUUAUCAUGACGACUCGUUUCUUUCUGCUUAUGGUCAUCCAGACGCUGCCCUGCACGACUACAAGCUCCUAAAGCAGAACAUGAGCGUGGGCUUCGCCGAACCUUACCGGAACCUCAAGUCCCUGCGCUCCGAAAGCGACUUCUACACCGGAGACGUGGGCUCUCUGAAACUCGCCUCUCCGGAGCUGGAGAGACUCAUCAUCCAGAACGGUAACGGUGUCAUCACAUCACCCACUCCGGGGCAGUAUUUCUACGGCAGGAGCACCACAGAAGAGCAGGAGGGCUUCGCGGACGGCUUCGUAAAAGCGCUGGACGAGCUCCACAAAAUGAACCAGAUGCCCCCGCCAAACGUCUCCAUCGGAGCCGGCGGCGUGUCAUCCUGCUCGGCAGCGUCGUCGGUCUUCGGCGCCUCCCUGCAACCGGAGAGCCCCGUGUACACCACCCUGAACAGCUGCAAUCCCAACACUAACCUCACACCUGCAACCAACUACCCGACAGCCACCAUCAGCUACCUGCCUCACCAUCACCAUCACCACCAUCAACAGUACCAUCACCACCAAGCCACGACGCACCCUCAUCACUUCCAGCACCCGCUCCAUCAUCCGCAGCGGCUUGUCGCGCUCAAAGAGGAGCCACAGACCGUUCCCGAUCUGCAUAGCAGCGACGGCUCUCCUCCCAUGUCCCCCAUCGACAUGGAGGACCAGGAGCGCUUCAAAGCGGAGCGCAAGAGGCUCCGCAACCGGCAGGCGGCCACCAAGUGCCGGCGACGGAAGCUGGAGCGCAUCUCCAGGCUGGAGGACAAAGUCAAGGAUCUCAAGUCGGAUAACGCCGGACUGUCCAGCACCGCGUCCCUACUGAGGGAACAAGUCGCCCAGCUCAAGCAGAAGGUCAUGACCCAUGUGAGCAGCGGGUGCCAGCUGAUGCUGCCGUCCAAGAUCAAGUCGUUUUAGUACGAACUGCAAUGACGCGGACACUGGCAAAAUGGGAAACACUGGGAGCGCAGAUCAUGUUUGUGAUGUUUUGAUGCAAAUGAUACUAUUGCAGCACUGAGUACGAGCGUUGUAUAUUUCUUAAGUGUUUUCUUGUAGAAAACUAGAGUGUUAAAGUUGUUUUCAAAAGCAUCUUCAAGGUAGAUGAAUGGACAGUGGAUGCACAGGGGAAACCUUUUCAGUUGGUUUUGUUUUUGAGUGCUGCCCUAUGAAAACAUUCCUGUAAGUUAUUGAUGUUGUGAGUCGGGUUGAUCCAGACCUGUAUUUCUGUUUGUUUUGUUUAUGUUUUUUGUAUAUUUAAGUAAAAGCGUUGAAAAUAA